GGUGGUAAAGGAGGAGAUCUCAGACGACAACGCAAAGCUACCUUGCUUCAAUGGAAGAGUGGUCUCCUGGCUGGUCCUGGCUGAAAGCUCCCACUCUGACACAGGCUCCCAGUGCACCGAGAGCCACACAGAUCUCCCACCACCCAUUGAGAGAACAGGCGGCAUUGGAGAUUCCCGGCCUCCAUCAUUCCACCCAAAUGCUGCCAGCAGCCGGGACGGCCUGGACAAUGAAACAGGAACAGAGUCAGUUAUUAGCCACCGGCGAGACAGACAUCGACGGAGAAAUAGAGAAGGGCAUGAGGAUGUCCCUCGGAUCAAUGGCCAUCCAAAACUGGACAGACACCGUGAGCAUCCUCCUGGUUAUGACAGCUCUUCUACCAUGAUGAGUAGUGAGCUGGAAUCCAGCAGCUUCAUUGACUCUGAUGAUGAUGACAACACAAGCAGGUUGAGUAGCUCCACUGAGCAAAGUACUUCAUCCCGACUCAUACGGAAGCAUAAACGCAGGAGGAGGAAACAAAGGAUGCGACAGAUUGACAGGUCGUCUUCGUUCAGCAGCAUCACCGAUUCUACCAUGUCCCUAAAUAUCAUCACUGUCACACUCAACAUGGAAAAGUAUAACUUCCUGGGAAUCAGCAUUGUAGGACAGAGCAAUGACCGGGGUGAUGGUGGCAUAUACAUUGGCUCUAUUAUGAAAGGAGGGGCUGUGGCAGCAGAUGGCCGAAUUGAACCAGGAGACAUGCUUCUGCAGGUGAAUGAUGUCAAUUUUGAGAACAUGAGCAAUGAUGACGCAGUACGGGUUUUACGGGAAAUAGUCUCCAAACCGGGACCUAUCAGCCUAACAGUAGCCAAAUGCUGGGACCCUACUCCCAGGAGUUAUUUCACCAUCCCCAGGGCUGAACCAGUGAGGCCAAUUGACCCUGCAGCGUGGAUCUCUCAUACCACAGCCAUGACGGGAGCGUACCCCCGUUACGGUAUGAGCCCCUCCAUGAGCAUCACCACAUCUACCAGCUCCUCACUAACAAGCUCAAUUCCCGAUUCGGAAAAAUUAGAAGAAUCUCCCUUAACUGUGAAGAGUGACAUGGCUACUAUUGUCAAGGUUAUGCAGCUACCAGACUCAGGCCUUGAAAUUCGGGACAGGAUGUGGUUAAAAAUUACCAUCUCCAAUGCAGUGAUAGGAGCAGAUGUGGUUGACUGGCUUUACACACAUGUGGAAGGCUUCAAAGACCGACGGGAGGCUAGAAAAUACGCCAGCAGCAUGUUAAAACAUGGCUACCUCAGGCACACUGUGAACAAAAUCACCUUCUCAGAACAGUGCUAUUAUGUCUUUGGAGACCUCUGUGGCAAUAUGGCUGCACUGAACCUUAACAAUGGUUCUAGCGGAGCCUCGGAUCAGGAUACCCUUGCUCCGCUUCCACAUCCUGCUGCUCCCUGGCCAUUAGGCCAAGGAUACCCAUAUCAGUAUCCUCUGCCCCCUCCAUGUUUUCCACCAGCAUACCAAGACCCAGGCUUUAGCUAUGGUAGUGGCAGUGCAGGGAGCCAGCAAAGUGAAGGAAGCAAAAGCAGCGGCUCGAACCGAAGCAACAGCGAGAACAGCAGGAGAGCUCUUGGCAGAGAGAAGGACCGCAAGUCGGCUGGCAGCGGCAGCGAGUCUGACCACACCGCCCGCAGCGGCGGCGGCGCCAGCGUCGUGCGUCGGGAGAGGCCCGUCAGCCAGCUCAGCCACCGAAGCCACGUCUCUGCCACCCACAGCGAGAGAAGCCACCACAGCCAGCAUUCUUACGGGCCUCCAGGAGUCCCACCCCUCUACAAUCUCCCCAAGCUGGGCUCCAAAGUCUACGGGACGAGCGGACCCCCCGGAGGACCCCCCGUGAGGGAACUGAGCUCUGUUCCUCCGGAGCUGACGGGGAGCCGGCAGUCCUUCCAGAAGGCUAUGGGCAACCCUUGUGAAUUCUUUGUCGACAUCAUGUGAGAGGAAGUGCCUUCAGACUCUGCUUGGGGAACGGCCGGGGAGGGGAUUGUUCUGGGGGUGGGCGAGCAGUUUUGGUCAUUGUCGAACACUUCACGGAAGAAACUCGGCUGUCUUGCAUGUCACACCUUCCUGGUUUGCAAUUGCGUUGCAGAAAAAUCAACAAAACGAAACAAAAAAUACAAAAAAAACCCCCCACAAAACCGAAUGACAACAACAACAAAAAUCUCCUGGGGUUGUUAAAUAUCAGCAAAUCGAUGGCAUCUUUUCUUUAUCCUUUCUUUUUUUUUU